AUGCGGAAAAUACUUGUGUCCCAGUCUGGAUUGUUUUACGGUGGCACAACGGCUCGACGUGCUGCACUGCUGAAUCUGGCUGCAUGGCCCCUUCACCCCACAGGGAACAACUGCCAACAGCUCCUUGGCAGCUGCGGUUUGUGCCAGUUGUACCAGAGCUGACGGUUUCCUCAGGCCCUAGGAAUGCAGCCGGGAGCUUCCAAAAGUCCCCAAUGUCCUUGCCUUGCCUUCCGAGCUCUGGGGACACAGCUAAGUAUCUUCUACUCUGUGUCACUGGGACGUAUGUCUACAACCACGACAAUAAUAGAUGGUAAGAACGGAUCCGUUCCCUCAUCAUCCAUGAAAGUGGGCAAGAAAUCAGUCACAGAAGACCUCAUCACAACAUUCAGCUCACCAGCAGCAUGGCUUCUUGUUGUUGCUCUGAUUGUUACCUGGUCAGCAGUAGCUAUUGUAAUGUUUGACUUGGUGGAUUACAAAGCCUUUGCAGCCACCUAUUCACAACAUUGCGAUGACCCCUGUUUACCACCUGGAAGAUCUGUUAACAAGCUCAGCACAGAACCACUGAGAAUCAUUCAUGAGGCAUUGGAAGAAUCCACUGAUUGGCUUUAUGGCUUUAUUUCUUUACUGUCUGACAUCGUAUGGAGUGAUGAUGAUGACAGUGAUGAAGGUGAAGUGGAACCUUCCCUGAAAAAAGAAAUUCAUAAACAGAAACAGGAGAGACAUGAAAAACGAACACCACUGAAGGUAAUUCACAGAGACAAACCUGAAAAACAAGAAAAAAUUGAGAGGAAGGAACCCCUAAAGGUGACACAUAAAGACAAACUGGAAAGACAAGAAAAAUCUGAAAAAAAGGAAAGGCAUGCAGCUAUUCACAAGGAGAAACCUGAAAAGCCAGAAAAACAUGAAAAGAAAACACCUUCUAAAGUAAUUCAAAAAGAGAAACCUGAAAGACAUGAAAAAGCCGAAAAGAAACCUCCUCCCAAAGAGGAGAAGAAAGUAAAGAGCACUAAAGUGGAAGCAAAAGUUAAAAAGGAAGUGAAGGAUGGAAAAGGAGAAGCAAAGAUGGCUGAGAAGGUCAAGCAGGCAGAGACUAAAACAACAGAAGUUGGGCUAAUAAAGGCCAAACCGAAAGUUAAGGAGGAGAAAGCUCUUCAGACUGUAACUAAAUCGGAAAAGAAAGAUCAAUAUGCAUUCUGUCGCUAUGUGAUUGACAUGUUUGCGCAAGCGGAUUUUUAUCCAGGACAUAAGGAAAUGGUACCACCUCGUCUUCUUCUAGAACAUAGUCCAAGAAAGAAACCAGCAGCUAUUGAAGAGAGAAAAGAGGAAAAGAAAAAGACUGAUGUAAAGAGGGCUGCGACUGAAACUAAGAAGAAAGAAAAAGAAGGAAAAAAAGAGAAAGCUCAUGAGAAGACAGCUGUCCCUGAAAUUAAAAAAGCAGGGACUCACUGGCAUGAAAGGCACUAUAUAAACUUGGAGAGUUUUUAUCUUACAGAUAAAAAAGAAGCUGCUGUGUCCAAAGAACUUAAAAAGCCAGCGAAAGCUCCUGCAGCCAAACCAGCCACCAAAAAAGCAGCAGCACCAGAACCACACAAGAAAGAAAAAAUAAUGGAAACUGCAUCUGUGGAAACUCUGAAGUCAAAAGCAGUACCUGAAAAGAAGGAAGAAAAAGCAACGAAGGCAGCAGAGCAAGAUAAACCAAAGACGAAACAAGGAAAUCCUGGAAAAGAGAAAGAAUUGAAAUCUCCAGCUGCUACAAAAGAUAAAGAACAUGCUAAAGAAAAGGAAGGAAAGAAUCCUGCAGCUUUAAAAGAUAAAGAUUCUCUGAAAGGAAAAAAUCCCAAGAAUCCAGAGGGGUCAAAGGAAAAAGAGACUGGUAAAAGAAAAGAUGUGAAGCCUCCGGCAGUCUUAAAGGAAAAGGACUCUUCAAAAGGAAAAGAAAUGAAGGCUUCAACUGUGACUAAGGAAAAAGCUGCAGUGAAAAAGGAGGGGGAGAAGAAAGCUACCUCAGAGAAACCUCAUGAACACAAGCAUCAACACAUUAAACAUGAAAAAGCUAUCUCUCAGACGAAGCCAGAGGAGAAAAUUAAACAACAAAAGACAACUCCCACUGAGAAGUCAGUUUCAGCAAAGCCAGCAAAGCAUGAAGCAGUCAGACAUGAAAAAGAUGUUCCAUCUACAAAACCAGUCAAACUGAAAAACACUGCGAAGCCAACAGGUGAAAUCCCAACAGCAGCCACAAAAAAACCAAAGACAGCUAAGGAAAAAGAAGAAAAACCAAUUGAGAAGAAACAUCUGAAAGAUGAAAAAACCAAAGGAUUCCCACCAGUAAAAGAAGCUCCACGACUUCACAACCUGACAUCAGCUCCUGUCCGCUACUUUCAAUGUGUCUUCCUAAAUGGACCUAAUGGAUUUGGACUGCAAUUUCCCACUAAUCUCCCUUCAAACAAGGAAGAAAAGACUCACUCAAAGACUUCCAAGAGAAAGACAAGGAAACCAGGGCAGUAGAGAGACU